GCUGGCUUUGAGCUUUCAAUCCUCCUGCCUCAGCUUCCUGAGCUGCUGGGAUUACAGGUAUAUGCCACUGUGUGUUAGUUGGCAGUGAUAACCAUCUAGCUAGUGUUGAGGCAGGGCAGUGUUGUGCUGGUUCGAUAGAUGGGCACUGGGGCAUUUGAAGGCAGAUGGUAAAGUUACACUAGUAAGUGUAGUCCAGGGCCUUUCCCUUUUUCUGUCUGGGGAAUGUGUGGGAGGUCUUUUGCUGUUUCCUGCUGUUCCCCUGAGAGCAGCAGAGCCAUGAAGGGGUGUUUCUUAGGGCAGGGACAGUGUGUUCCUGUGAGCCCUUCAGCCUUGCCCAAUGCCUGGCCUGGGAAUGCAGUAAGGGGGGAGGUAGCUGAAGCUUCCCAAGCGCACCUGUGUCCAGGGAAACAGAUACAGAAAGCCUUUUAGCUGCUGGUCAAGUGGCCACCAGCCUCUGCUCAGGGCUCAGUCACCUGUUUUUUUCAUUCAGUCUAUAAUUAGAUGAUUUCACAGCUUUUUUUCUUUAUCUAGAAGGGUCUUUGGGCCCAGGUCUUGAACCAGUUCCCAGACUAGGCCCAGACUGACAAGCUAGUGUCUGAUGAACAGAAGUUCUCCCUGUGGGUCAGUAGGUACAGAGGUGAUCUUCCUGUCCCCCUCACAGGUCUUACCCUCAUGAGCCACCCAACUUUGGCAGUCUUGUCAGUGACCACACAUUUUUAAUUGCAGGAGUUGUUCUAACAAUCUGUUAAAACAUGGUGGAUUACUAUGAAGUUCUAGGCGUGCAGAGACAUGCCUCACCCGAGGAUAUCAAAAAGGCAUGACUUGUGUAGAAAAAGCAGGAACAGAUGAGAAAAUGCUUAUGAAGGUCUUUCGCUGUUUGGGAAGUUGGUUUAACUUGGGAGUUUUGGACAGUAACUUCAUGGCUAACAAUAAGUUACUAGCCCUUCUUUUUGAGGUUUUGCAACAGGAUAAGACCUCAUCUAACCUACAUGAAGCUGCUUCAGACUGUGUGUGCUCAGCUCUUUAUGCCAUUGAGAAUGUGGAAACUACCUUGCCAUUAGCAAUGUCAGGGAGUCCUGACAUUGGAGACUGCCUAUCAUAUGGCUGUGGCACGUGAAGAUUUAGACAAAGUUCUGAAUUACUGCCGUAUUUUCACUGAACUAUGUGAAACUUUUCUUGAAAAAAUUGUUUGUACUCCAGGCCAAGGUCUUGGGGACCUGCGAACUCUGGAAUUGCUUCUUAUUUGUGCAGGGCAUCCUCAGUAUGAGGUAGUAGAAAUUUCCUUUAACUUUUGGUACCGACUAGGGGAGCAUUUGUACAAAACUAACGAUGAAGUUAUUCAUGGCAUCUUCAAAGCUUACAUUCAGAGGCUGCUUCAUGCCUUGGCUCGACACUGCCAGCUAGAACCGGACCAUGAGGGGGUUCCUGAGGAAACUGAUGACUUUGGCGAGUUUCGGAUGCGGGUAUCAGACCUGGUGAAAGAUUUGAUUUUCUUGAUUGGGUCUAUGGAGUGUUUUGCUCAGUUAUAUUCUACUCUGAAAGAAGGCAACCCACCCUGGGAGGUGACAGAAGCGGUUCUCUUUAUCAUGGCUGCUAUAGCAAAGAGUGUUGAUCCGUGAGUGUCUAAUAAGUCUUUUGCUGGGAAUUGUGAAUAUCAAGAGGAAGGAAAAUUACACAUUUUUUCUCCUAUUUGGUAUAUGUUUGGAAACUCUUAGAACUUUUUACCUUCUAUAGUGUUUUCUAGUGUUCUGACUAGUCCAGGAUGGCCUGCGUUUCUGUUGCCAUGUUUUAACCACACUUUCUAGAGGUAAAAUUAUUUUACUUUUGAUGCUAGGAAUAGAAUGCUGAUUUAUUUUUUCCAACCG